AUGAUGCUUCGCGACGACGCCAACUUUGAUCCGUUGCGUGUAUACCGCUUGGCAACAGAAUUACAACUACGUGUUGGAAUUCAGCCCAAAGUGGAGGUCUAUGCCUUCCACUUGGAACCCCACGCUGGUCAGGUAAUGCAGGUUAUUCGUGCUCAGCCUCGAUCGUUAUCUGAAAUAAGCCGUGUGGUUCGAGCGGCCAGGACAAUGAAGCUUUCUGUCCGCGGAAUCGGCCAAAUGUCCGGUGCUGAGAGAUCCCUCUAUGCGGAUGAAUAUACUGUCCUUGUUGACUGCUGUAAAUUGGAGGACUUGCCAAGAAUGGAACUUGUUAAGAUACAGAGACAAGGGGAGGGUGAGCUCACGCAAGGACUUCGUGUUCUGGCCGGCGUGACGUUGGACGAACUGACAGACUUUCUCGUGGACAAUAACGUGGAGCUCUAUCAUAAUUCUGUAAAAUCUCGUCUCCCCACGACGGGCCCCGAGGGAGAUGCGAUGGCGUAA